AAACAAACAAAGCGCAAACUUCAAACGCAGCGCUUUUAUUUUUAAUGUCAAAUUUAAUUCAUGCACAAUCUGCAUUCAUUACAACUAGUGCAUCUAGUACGUAACCAAUCAUGGAACUAAAACAGCCAACUGGUAGCAACAAGUCUGAUGAACAGAAAUUAACUCCUGCCCUUAAGACUGACCAGGAAUACAUGGAUGAAUUCUUUUCAGGAAUUUCUGUGGAAAGACCCGUAACUCCAGGACAAGAUUCCGACCCUGUUGAGGCUUCCACUGCUCAAAGACAGGUUGUCCUAUCUAAGGAGACCGCUGAUGUUAAUCAGGGUAAAACAGAAACUCAAAUACAAAUUGAUGUGGACAGUAGAACAAAUGAUGAGGGGAGCUUGAAGCAGAAUGAUUCUGUAGUGAAGGAGCAAAGUGAUGACAUGACAGCAGAAACAGCAAAUAAUGAGACAAUUAUUGUAGAAGAGACUGGUUUACCUGCUCACCCCUCUGUAGGAUUCAGUGUUCCAGAUAUUAUUCAUGAUCCUUUAUCUUCUGGACAGCAGACUGGUGAGGAGCCCAUGAGAGGAACUGAUAAUGAAGGAGUAGCAAGUGAUGAGGCUCCUUGGGGAGGAGCAGGAGACCAAAAUGGCAAUGAGCCUUUCAGAGGAGCUGGUGGUGCAGGAAUAGAAAGUGAUGAGGAUCCAAAAAAAGGAGGUGGUGAGGCAGUAUUGCAGAGUGACAAGGAGGCUAAGGGAGGAGCUGGUGGUGUACGAAUAGAGAUUGAUAAGGAUGUUUUGAGAGGAGCUGGUGAUACAGGUGUACAGAGUGAUGAGGAGCCGAUUAAAGGAGCUGGCAGUGCAGGAGAACAGAGUGAUGAAGAGGCUAUGAGAGGAGCCGAUGAUCAAGAACAUCACAGUGAUGAGGAGCUCAUGAGAGGAGCCAGGGAUGCUGAGCUUGCAGAGCAAGAUAACGAUGGUAAACUCGGUGAAGUCCUUGACGAGGAACACCACGCUGCAGCCAUCAAUAUUGUCCAAGAGCUUCUAAACCAAGCUCUAGAAAACAGUGGAGGCUCUGGUUAUGGAAGCAACUCUGAUUUUUUUGCUAGAAGUGAACAUGUAGAGACACCGGUGAUGAAUACUAAUAGAGCUACUUUUGACUCUGAAAGCAUUCCUGACAGAGUUGGGCAGGUGUUAGAUGCUGAUCUUGAUGGUGCUAUUCACAAAGAAAUUCCUCAAGGUGAAAUUAUGAUUGGUAGUCCUGAAGAUGGUCUUGUCGGCCAACAUGUGAGUGAGUCUCACAGUGUUGAGAAUGAUGUGCAGAUAGAGUACAUGGAAACUAAGGAAGAAAAUAUUGACAGUGAAGAUUUUGUCACCAGGCAACCGGUUGAUGGCUGGCGUGGAUCUGCAUCAGAUCUGGCACAAGAUGAGAUGAUAGAGCAUGUGGAAAUAAUUGAAGAAGAGUUACUUGAUGGUGGCAGACAGUUGACUAAAUCCACACAUGAUGAUAUCUAUGAUGAAGGUAACAAACUUACUCCAGGAUUAGAAAAUAGUCAGAGCCUUGACUUGGAAGAUCAUGUAAAGAAUUAUUCAAAGCUUCCUUCACCAGAUUUGCCAAGCAGAAGUGAUGAUGAUGAUGACGAUGGUUACGAAAAACCAAUAUGUUAUGGAGUGAAAGAAAGUUCAGCAGGGCUUCAGAGAUUUGUAGAGUUUGGUCAUUCUGAAGUAACUACAUCUAAAGGUGUGUCAAGCCAGAAUCUGGAUCAGCAGUAUUCAGAUCCUACUGUGCUGGAUGACCACAAACCUCUUGGCCAUGUUACAGAAAAUUUAACUGAUAGUGACUGGUCAGAAAAUGAAAGAAAGCAAUAUUCUCAUGAUCCAAGAGUACAAAAAACAGGAAAACAGGAGGAAGAAUUUGAACCGAGGUUAGCCAGACAAAUUCCUAGUCCAUCUCCUGUUUCUCCAAGCUCAGAGUAUGUAUUAAAACCUCCAAGCAUACCUACUAGCAGAAGUAGGACAGACUUCUAUGAAACUGAUUAUAUCCCGAGUGAUAAGACAAAAGAUAUUGGUAGGAAUUAUGAUACCUCAGAGGGUAACUUGAGCUUGGGAGGAUCAUACUUGACACAUGGGCAUGACAGAGAUGAACUGUAUACAAGGUCAAGGCCACUGCUGACCAGUGUCCAUCAGAGUGCGAGCUGGAGUCCAGGUGUUGCUGUGUCUCCACCUAGCUCUGGCCCAGUUCCAGGGUUCAAGUCUCUCCAGGAUCAGCAGUUAUCGUGGCUGCAGAUGUUCAAGAUACUGGAGAAGCAGCACCGCCGGGAGUUGCAGUCACAGUACGUUGAACAUCAGCGACUCAUCGAAGGUAUCCAGGUGCAGAUGGAACGCGACCUGCAGAAGCAGCAGGAGUCGCUCCACCAGCGUCUGGAGGUUCACCGCGAGAUGCUCAACGAAUCCUCCACCUCCAGCCUCUACAACACUGGCGAUAGAUACUGUGGGUAUAGAUUAACAGCUGAGGAUGCAAACAUAUCAUCCAUCCAUCCUGGUGAGGAAUCUAUAGUUAUCUCCUCCUCGUCUAUGCCUGUCCGGCGUGCCCUGGACCGGGAUUUCGACUCGAGAACCCCAUCACCAAACCGAGGCUUCUCAUCCCUGGACAGCGGACUCCGUGUCUCAUCGAAGCAGUCUCCGAGGAGGUCACCCAGGAGGUCACCGAGGAAGUCACCCGUCUCUGAAGUGCGGCUCGAUUUGACUGGAGAGAAGAUGCUAAGAGGUGGAGUCUACAGCACACCCAUGCCCAUUUCACGAGGAAAGAGUGCGUCAAGGUCGUAUACCUUGAAGUCUGAAAACAGAAGUCACAGACGAAGUCCGCGUGCUUCAUCUCCUGAAGUUGACGAGCUGUUACACAGAGACCUCACAGACACCAGGGUUGAGAGUCGGACAGACACACUGGGCAGUCAUCGGAGUUUGGAUUAUGACAGUUCUUACCUUUCGCCAAGCUCCAAGUUACGAGAGAAGCACAUCAAGGCGAUGGCUGACCUGCGGUCGUAUUACGAGUGCGAGAUCCAGGACCUGCGAGAUGCUCUGACCGUCGCGAGUCCUGUGAGAGAGACAGCGAGGGAGAGGAUCCUACAGGACGAGAACCAGGAGAUCAAACGGCGGUGUGACGACCUCGUCGAAGAAAUACACGCCACUAGGAUUCGGAAUCGUGAACUAGAGCAGAAAAUCCAAGGCCUUGAAAUUCGUGCAAAUGACUAUGCUGAUCGCUAUGACGACUCUCAGAGAACUGUUCUGUCUUUGAAAAAUCGUUUAGAAGAGCUGCACUCCUAUGCAAAAGAUCGCGACCAGACCAUUGAGGAAAUGGAGAUCAAAAUGAAGGAACAGGCGCAAUCACUGAAAGAAGCAUACAAUAAGAUAGACCAGCUUACUGAGAGUAGUAGAAGAGAAAAUACUACAUUACAGAAGGUGUUAGAAAAAUAUGAAGGACUAGAAAAAGAAUACAACAUAGUAAAAGAGUCUGCUAGAUGUAAGGAGGAAAAGUUAUAUGAAGCAAAAACUGAGGUGGUUGAUCUCAAUAAGGUUCUGUCUAAGCUUGAACUGCAGAUAAAACAGUUGAACAGAGAGAAUGACAACCUCCGACACAAGGCAGCAGUUGCAAUGAAUAUGACAUCCAUAACGACAAGUUACGAAGAUUCAUAUGGGUUUGCAACAGAUCAUCGGAGAAGUUUCCUCGGUGAUAACCAUGACAUCAAUCGUUCUGCUGUGACACCCUCUACUGAAAGAACCCCAGGAAGGCUUAAUGGUAAUGUUUCGAAACCUGUUGAAGAUAUUUUAUCUGAUGGUGACAGCAACAAGAGUACUACCUCACCACUAAUUAAAGCAGAGAGGGAACUUCUUAAACUCCAAAACAAACAACGGGAUCUGCAGUCGAAAUAUUCACCAUCGUCUCAGAAGAAGUUUUAUGGCAGUGAGAUGUCUUAUUCCGGAAAACGUGCCACGGAAUAUGAAUACAGCAAGAAGAUUGUCCAGUCACCAAAAUAUUCAGUAAAACAGUCUUCCUUCGUUUCGACUUCUCCGAAACAAAGAAGUCGGGGUACCGGUACGCCGAAACAGGAUCAUCGCGAGAGUAGGAAUCGAUCCGAGAACAGUAGGUUGCCAAGGACACCACCACGGAUACAGAUACAGCCCAAGAAGUAUUCUUCGCCGACGCGUUUUGAUGUGGAGGUCGAUAAUCGACCGAAGCACGACAGACUGAAAGGGUUACUGUCGGUUCCGGAUGGUGAUGGCUACCCAUCACAGACUUCGAAUUCCAAUUCCAAGUCUCGAAGUCCAAAUAAGUCUCCAGGUUCGAUGAAGACUGUUGCCGACACCCUUGAGAGGGUUCGAGCUGGAGACAUUGUGUCGAGACCUCAGUGGGAAGACAUCCAUACGUCCAUGGCUAAACCGAGACCCUCGGCAGAACUUCCAUUUUCUAGCAUGACUAGAGACCAGAGAUUGGAAGAACGAAUACAAACUAUAACAAAAUUGGAGAAAAAAUACGAAGAAUUGCAUGUUGAAAAGCGAACGCUGGAGUCUCAGCUGACACGAAUCCCAUCUCAUGGACAUCUUAAGCAAAAGGAAGAUCUUGAAGAUCAGUAUGACAAGGUGGAAAGAGAACUGGGAUCAGUGAGAAUGUCACUCAAACGCUUCCAAGUGAUCAAGUCAACAAUAUAGAAACUUCUUGCCUUUAUCAUACACGAGUUAGAAAUACUCACAGUACGACUAGAAACGUAGUCUCAGUAUUUGGUAGUUGUCAUGACGACAAUAAUAAUCACGUACUACAUAUUAUAAUCCAAAUAUACUGGAGGUGUCCCGGAUAGUAUUUCAGUUGUACAAGUUAGCUUUAAGUUAUAAUAUUAUAUAUUUAUAAAGCCAAGUUGCUAUGACAACAAUACAGUGAAACAAGUGAGCAAUAAUUUUAAUAACGGUUAAAAAAAAUAAUAAUAAAAAUGCCAGUUUAAUGCCAGUUUCAUUGAGUUGUCAUAAUAAAAUAAAAAUUUAGAUCUAUAUUCAUGUUGCUAAAAGUAAUCCAAGUAUUAUCAAGUAUUUCUAUACAAGCUCGCUAUUAUAAUAAUAAUAAUAAUGUAAUUAUUUCCAGUGUCAUUUAGUGGAAAAGGGACUGGGCAGACAUUCCAAUAUUAGCUAGACUUGACAAUGUCAAAAACAUGCAUAUUGUCUACAGCUCUGGAACAUAACGAUUCUCAACAGUAAGAGCAUACCUUUAACUGCACAUUGAUGGUUUUUAUUCUUAACCUAUGUAGCUAUGCAGUAUUAAACAUUUAAACUUGCCCCAUAUAGAGAUCUAUAUAUCCAUUAGGCUUCAGAGUUUGCAAAAACCAUUAAAUUUUAUUGGUUAUGCAGAGUCCAAUUAUCCAUAUGGUGUCCAAAUUUAAUGUGUGAACAGAAAAUGUGUUAUGCAAAAUUAGACGAAACUAUGCACGAUCCGUAGGAUUAGCUCAUAUGGCAGCAGAGGGAUCCCUCACUCGUAUUCAACUCUUAUCCAGGUAACCUGCAUUCUCAAGGCAGUACCGGUAUAUGAUGUAUCUGUCGGUCUUUAUCUUUCUUUCUUUUUUCUUUGUGCAUAGAUUUUUGGAUUAUACUAACUCAUUAUUAAACUUCCACUAUGACUACGCUACUGCACGUUAAAAUAAUAUCACAGAGUUAUCCAUUUCAAAUUUGUGUUUCUCCAUCACAAUCGAUAGUCCAUCCACAUUCCAAUUGUUAAAUGCUUUUUGUAUGUUAUAACAGUGACACUGUUUUUGAUUCUAUAUCUUUUUACGUAUUGUUAAGUAUCAAUUCCUUUUAAUAUGUACUUUGUAUCAUAUAUAUAUAUAAAUAUACAUGUAUAUGCAUAUUAUGUAUAUUUUUUAAUUAGUAAUUUUUACACAACUAUACAUGGCAUUCUUAUUUUUCUAUCCAUACGGAUAUACAGCUUUGUUAGUCACACAAUCCGUCCAAGCCCGGGGUCUAUGCAAGCUUAUAAAACAUUCAAAACUCUAAUGAUGUCACACAUAUACAAUUUGUAUGGUGUUGCCAUGAUGUUACAGGUGCAGAUCUAUUAGUCUUAAGUCUAGACUCGAAAAGUUUUACAAGCAUCAGGCCAGGUUUAAGAAAUAUGCAUUCAGUAUAAUAAGAAAAUGCUAUUUGGAAGUUGUAGAAUUUAAUGUAGUUUGAUGCGUAAUGAAUAUUUAUCACUGUUCUCUUCUUUAUUAUUUCUGUCUUGACUGCUCCAUUGUAUUGACUAAGAAAAGAAAAUAACCACAACGACUAUAUUUCCAUUUUGACUUCUUCUUUUUUUUGAUUGGGGAUGUGUGGCUGUGGGCACCAAUACAUUACAUUGAUUGCUUUGGCAUUGAUAAUGCCGCUUGUAUUAUUUACAAUCUCAUCAUAUUCUAAAUAUUUUCAAAUAGUUGGUAUGACUAAAAACAAUUAAAAUUAUUCUUUUGAGAGUGAAUUGUACAAAUUUAAAAAAAAAAAUCAGACUCAUCCUGCCCAUAGCCACAUUAGUUAAAUUGGUUAUACAAAGUGGCUGUAACUUUUUGUACACUUAUUUGGCUAAUACAGUUUUGUUUAAAUUAGCCAUUUUAAAACUAUUUUCUAAUAAUUCUUUCCACUGUAACAGUGUAAGCCUUAAAAUUAGCAAAACAUUUUAUUUAUUUUUCAAAUUAUUGCUUAGAAGAUAAUAGUGAGUUAAUGUGGAUGUUGAUAAAAACUAGAAAGUUAGUUUUCUUAGUAACCUGGAAAUCUUAUGGAUCUAUAGUGUCACAAUCAUGUUUCAAAGGUUACAUUAUACACGUAUCACAGUUAUGUUAAAUCACUUUAUUGUGUGUGAACAUGAUUGUUAUAGCACCAUUUGAUGUCAACAGUAUGGACAAUGAAACAGGGUAUAAAUAACUUUAUCAAUGUGAGAGGUAUCUCAUAUUGUGGCUCCUUGAUAAAGAGAGAUUAUAGAGCUGUAGUAUAUAUAAUAUUAUAUUAUAUUGUAUACAUACACCAGAAAAUGAAGAUGUGUAAUAUAUGCUGUAUUGUUCAUGUGGUGAACUAGUUUUUAAUUUAUUGUUUAGUUAUUUUAAUACUGAUAUUGUGAUGUAAAGCGUACCAAUAACAUUAUUAGUACAUGAACUGUAUUGUGCUUGGAUACAGUAUUUAAAAAUAAUUCUUUCUUUUUAAUUCAAAUAAUGUUUGUUUCCGGUAUAUUUAUUUGAAUUUAGGGCAGUUUAUAGCCUGUAUGGUUCUGACAAAACUGUGAUUUUCUAAUAAAACAGGCCUCUGAUAAUUGAAACUAGGCGUACCCCAUUUAUGGGCUUCACAAAGUAAAUUCAGGCAAUCCAUUUUAAACCGGCCUCGGUGGCGCAGUGGUUAAUCCAUCGGACUACAGGCUGGUAGGUACAGGGUUCGCAGCCCGGUACCGGCUCCAACCCAGAGCGAGUUCUUAAGGGCUCAAUGGGUAGGUGUA